AUGGCGGACGAAAAAACUACUCCCAUGGCCGCUCUUAAACAGACGCUCCUCUCGCUGUCGGUGUCACUGUCGUACUACUGCAUUGGACUCGUCCGGGGUUAUUCGGCACCGGCCGUGCCGUCCAUGCACGCAACCGCCCCCGGAUUACUGCCGAGCAAAACUAUCGCAUCGUGGGUCAGUUCCAUCCCACCGUUUGGGGCGUUUUUCGGCAGCUUGGUAGCGUUCCCGCUGAUGCACCGGAUCGGGCGCAAGUACACCGUGCUGAUAGCUUCCCCACUGUGGGCCGCCUCCUGGGUACUGAUCGCGACGGCCGACGAUUGGCGCGUACUGUUCGUGGCACGGAUGCUUUCGGGAUUCGGUGCUGGGCUGUCGCUGCCCGCUGCCCAGGUGUACGUCAGCGAGUGCAGUGAUCCGAAGAUACGGGGUGUGAUCGGCUCACUGCCAGCGUUAGCCAUGUCGUUCGGAAUUCUGGUGAUGUACAUCAUGGGGAAGUUCUUCCACUGGCGGCUGCUGGCGUGGAUCUGCUGUGGAAUGGCGUGCUGUCUGUUCCUAGCCGUUGCCUGCUUCCCGCAGAGCCCCGUGUGGCUGAAGACAAGGAAGCAGUACGAGAAAGCCCACUAUUCGGCGAAGUGGCUCCAUCUGCAGGGAUUCUCGAUCGAUCCGAGGGCGAGUACUGUAGCGGUGGAGCACAAGGACAAGCAAACGUCCCCUUCGACGCCCAAACCGUUCUCGAAGGAAGCGCUACUUCGGAGGGAAAUUCUUAUCCCACUCGGCAUUGGACUGGUGCUGCUGUCCAUCCAACAACUCAGUGGCAUCGAUGCGGUGGUGUUCUUUACGGUGGAGAUCUUCCACGCGGCCGGCUCAUCGAUGGACAGUCAUCUGGCGACGAUCAUCGUGGGUACGGUGCAGGUGCUGAGCAACGGGGCCGCUCUGUUCGUGGUGGAUCGUGCCGGCCGUAAGCCGCUGCUCAUCAUGUCCGGACUGAUCAUGUGCAUUGCGAUGGCCUCGAUGGGUGCCGCCUUCCAUCUCAACUCGAUCGGUAACACCUGCUUCGGAUAUCUGCCGGUGAUCAGUCUGAUCGUGUUCAUGAUCGGCUUCUCGAUCGGGUUCGGCAGCAUACCGUUCCUGUUGAUGGGCGAACUUUUCCCAACGGCACAGCGCAGUUUACUCAGCUCGCUAGCGGGAUCGUUCAACCUGGCCAUGAUGUUCACCGUCAUCAAGACGUACCAUCCGUUGGAAGAUCUGAUCACCACAUCCGGGACGUUCCUCAUGUACAGUGUGCUGUGUGCACUUGGUGUGGUGUUUGUCAUUACGUGCGUACCGGAGACAAAGGGCCGUGAGCUGGAAAGCAUCCAGAAGCUGUUCGAACGACGGCCACAGCCUUGCCACCAGCAGGAACUGGGCAGUGACAAAGCGAGCCAUGACAAUCCCGUCUUCAGUGCUGCCGACGAAAUAGCGCGUCACCAUCACUCAAAGUCGAUCGAUACAAAGCUGUAA